AGGGAGUUCCGCCUUUGUCGAGCACCUCAGAGUGGAAAAGGAAGGCGGAGACGAGGCAGCUUGACGCGCCUAUGAAGUUUUACUUAUAUUGAUGUUUAAACUUUAAAGUGAAAACCGUCCAUAUACCUGUUAAACACGGCGUGAAGUUUACCUCAUGGUGUUCCGCGCAAGUGAGAGACGGUGAAAAGAAUUUGGGCGAAUUUAUUUAAUUUAAUUCACUUCACUUCACUUCGCUUGUUGACUUGUCACUCCGACCCGUGCGCUCGUUCCUCCGGCCCUCAGUUCUAACUUUGUUACCUGAACGGAUGCCAGACGUGUGCGCUACGCUAGACGGUGUUUUAGUUCUGUAUACGGAGACGCCCUCAGCACACGCACGCUCGCACACCGUAGUCACCUCUCUGCGCGUUCCCGUGCGCGGGCGCGCACACAAGUUCGCUGCAAAAGGCACGAAGACCAGUUUUCACGGUGACGCGGGGUCCCCCAGGGCCCAGUCAGUGUGCCGCGCGCGCUCAUGGCUGAUCCGGGGAGUCGGGGAGCGACUGGCGGACAAGCCGUCGCCGUCGGGGGCGCGCAGCCCGCCGCCGCCAAAGCGGGCGUGGAGUCCGUGAAGGGACAGAACUUCGACGUGGGACCGCGGUACACGGAGUUGCAGUACAUCGGGGAGGGGGCCUACGGCAUGGUGUGCUCAGCAUAUGACAACGUCAACAAUCUGCGUGUGGCCAUCAAGAAGAUCAGUCCCUUUGAGCACCAGACGUACUGCCAGCGAACUCUGCGCGAGAUCAAAAUCUUGCUGCGCUUCAAACACGAGAACAUCAUCGGCAUCAAUGAUAUCCUGAGGGCACGAGACAUCCAGCACAUGAGGGAUGUCUACAUUGUACAGGACCUGAUGGAGACCGACCUGUACAAGUUGCUCAAGACCCAGCAGCUGAGCAACGACCACAUCUGCUACUUCCUAUACCAGAUCCUGAGGGGCCUCAAGUACAUCCACUCUGCCAACGUGCUGCACAGGGACCUGAAGCCGUCCAACCUCCUUAUCAACACCACCUGUGACCUCAAGAUCUGUGACUUUGGUCUGGCUCGAAUAGCCGACCCUGAGCACGACCACACGGGCUUCCUCACCGAAUACGUGGCCACGCGCUGGUACCGCGCCCCCGAGAUCAUGCUCAACUCCAAGGGCUACACCAAGUCCAUUGACAUCUGGUCUGUGGGAUGCAUCCUGGCUGAGAUGAUCUCCAACAGGCCCAUCUUCCCUGGGAAGCACUACUUGGACCAACUGAACCACAUCUUGGACAUCCUGGGCUCUCCUUCUCAGGAAGACUUGAACUGCAUCAUCAAUAUGAAGGCGAGGAACUACCUGCAGUCGCUGCUUCAGAAACCCAAGAUCCCCUGGAACAAGCUGUUCCCCAAUGCUGAUCCCAAAGCUCUGAGCCUGCUGGAUCGCAUGUUGACCUUUAACCCCUAUAAGCGAAUCACUGUCGAGGAGGCCCUCGCCCACCCUUACCUGGAGCAGUACUACGACCCCACAGAUGAGCCUGUAGCAGAGGAACCCUUCACGUUCGACAUGGAGCUGGAUGACCUUCCCAAAGAGAGGCUGAAGGAGCUAAUCUAUGAGGAGACAGCCCGCUUCCAGGCCACCUACCAAGGCUCCUGAGCUGCUGGGCAAUGGGACAGCUCAGGAGGAGAGGUGACUGAGGAGCACCCGGUGGUGGACAGCAGACAGACGUCACCAAGCAGAUGUUAACACUUCAAACAUUUAUACGACCAGGGUGUUCAGAAGUGAAGAAACAUGUGUAUCGCAGUAUAUGUCUGCUGCAGAUGUGUAUGUUGGGCUUUGUCUGCCUUUUAAAUCAUUGCAGGUUAUAAUUUAGUUUUCUUCUUUAUUAUCAUGUUCUGUUUUCCUUUCUUACUUAGGGGGGGAUGGGGUGUAAAAGACCCUUUACUGCUUCCUGCACCUUGUCUGUUCCCCUCCGUGCUCAGGAAGGGGUCCCGUCAGGAACUCGGAAUGUUUCCGUUGUAACCUCAGGCUCACGUUUUUCAGACAUUUCACAUUUUACACAGACAUUUUAUAUUUGAGGUUCUCUUUCAUGUGCUACUGGUUUUACUCUUUGAAAACACCUUUCUGCUUUUCGUUGGCUUGGUGACUGUUGGAGUGUCACAUGUUUUGGCAGCGUGGCAGAGCCCCGCCCCCACCCUCUAGCGUUGCCUUUCUCGGAGAUGCUCCUUUGGAGUCCGCUUUAGGGCGAUGUGCAUGUGCUUUCUUUCGCCCUUAGGGAAAUUGAUCUGGUGGUUAAAGGUUUUCAAGGAAAAUGCUGCUGUUUCUAAGUUGAUGUUCUUGUGUCUCUGAGGUCCCCCUGUUGUCACGGACGCACAAAGCUCGCACCUUACCUGCACCGUUUCCUCCGAUGCAGUACGAGACGAGACUUAUUUAGUCCAGUUUAUUGUUCCUGCGAGUGCCCAAUGUGUCCACACACCAGGCACUCCUCAGCUGCAGUCAGGACACCUAUUAGAGACCGUUUCGCUCGUACACUGGUCUAGCUUUGUUUCAACAGAGAAUGUACGCGUGCCUCUCCAUUCUUAAUGUUGCGCCACUGAGUUCAGCAGUGUAACAGCAGGGCAACUAACCUGUGCAGACACACACACCCACUCACACAGAGGGAGAGAGAGGGAGCAAAGUGAGCGAGGGAGAGGCGUGAGCUUGGUGACAGUCAGGGAAAGGCCACUGGAAAGCAAACAGGAGUGGAGUGUGACGUGUGUGUGCUUGUGAACGGCGAUCGGACUUCCUCCUGCUGGAACUCAACUGCUCUUGGGUGAGUCUAGUUUCCCAGCUUUUGGUGUGAACUGCUGAGCCAUUUUUACCCCUAACUGAGCUGAACACGCCAAGCUGCGUUUAACCUGCAGGUCUUUGGGAUGUUGGGGCACUGAGCCGUGUCUUCUGCCUGCUGCUUUUACUGCUUUUUAUUAUUUUAAUCUUUAUUACUAAGACUGUUAUUGCAGAGGUGGAUUCUGUCUUGUCAAAGGGAGCAGCAUUUGAAAAAAUGUUUUUUUUUUUUUUUUUUUUUUAAUAGCUUUUUGCUUGGGGUUGUGAAAAGGCAUUACUUUUUCAUAGAUCUUUAAUGGAAUAAAGGUAUUAAAUAUUACAAGAAA